CUGUAGCUACGCGGGGCUCAUUAUAUUUACCAGGCCAGAGAACAAACAAUAUGAUCAGAGGAAAUUCCCUCAAGUUGUGCCAAAGGAGAUUUAGAUUGGAUCUCCAGGAAGUAUUCCUUCAACCAAAGGAUCUCAAGCUUGGCAACAGGCUGCCUAGGGCAAUGGCUGAGUCACCAGCCUCUAAGAGGUCAUGGGCAUGUGUCAUCUGGGGACCUGGUGGAGUAGGCAGUGUGAAGUUUGCAGUGGAACUGUGUGAACUUCAGGGACUUUUUCAAGCCGCAUGAUGCAGACAUUUAAGGCUAGCUCAAGCAGCCUUAGUGGAGUCGAGGCUUAGACUCAAUGAUCCCCAAGGUUGCCUUCCAACAUGGAGAUCUAGGAGACUGGCAAUGGAGGCCAGAAAGACAAAAGAAAGACCAAGGGACGUUCUUUGAAGAAAAUUCACUCCAAAGCAGCCUUAAACAGUAUAUAUGAGUGGCUGAGCUGGGGUAGGGACAAAGGGUGCAGUUGGCUGGCUUGUGAUGCGCUGGGGCACCCGUGACAUCACAGGGGACGCGUCACAAUGGGGGCAGCUGGAAAAGGCCCCAGCAGGUAACUCUGGCCCUGUAUUGCUUGGGCAAGCGGUGAGUGCACAUGUGGUGGGGAGGCUGUGCUGGGGACAAGGGCCGGGGCAGAAAUGCUGCACCUGGGGCUGGCUUCUCCCUGCUGCAUGCAGGGACAGCCCCUGAUGGUAGAGCCUUAGCUAGGGUACCAGCUGCUACUGCUGCUGCUGCUGGGGCAGUGGGACAGGCCUUGCUGCCCCCAGAUCCCUGGGAUUCCCAGACCUGCUGCUCCCACUGCCAGCUGCCUCUUUCCCCGCUCCCCUCACGGCCUUGUCUCCAUCCUCCUGCAGACCAUGGAUACCUGGGUAUUGUGGUUCUUGCUCUUGCAAAGCAUCAUCGACUACCCACAGCCCGUGGGGGACGAUUGGGAUGAGGCGACGCGUCUGCUCAUGGAGGAGCGUGCCAAGUUCCAGGAACGUGAGAGGAUUCGGCUGGAGCUGGAGGUGGAGCAGCUCGCCCUGAUGCAGAGUGGCCCAUCCUGGGGAGACCUGCUCUGGUCUGCCUUGCAGCCCUGGCAGGUCUGGGCAUUUGUUGGGCUCUCGCUUCUUCUCUUGCCCCUAUGGUUUAUGUGGAGGAAGAGAAGGCGUGAGGCAGAGGUCAGCGGCGAGGGGGAGAAGGAAAAGGAGAGCGAGGAAGAGGACGAGACACGGACGUAUGAUCUGGCAUGGCUUCUGGACGAGCGCAUACAGUGGCCUGUACAGGACCUGCAGGCAGGCUGCAACAGGACAACGGCCAUGAUGGAGAAAUUCCUAAGUGCCCUCAGGCGUGCCUUGGUUGGGACUUUCUUCCCGGUGCUGCACCAAGCCAUUGGUUUUGGCAGUGCCUUUGAAGGCUGGACUGAGAGUGGGGAGGAAGCUGUGUACCAUGUGCUUGUACCCCUGACUGCUCCCCCAGGCCACAUCUUCCGCCUGGAGCGUGACGCUGACUGGCUGAGGCCCGGCAGGAACUUCCGUGUCCGCGUGGAGCUGGUGUGCAGCUGCCCGAGGGGGCAGGAGGGUGCGAACAUGCUGUGCUUCCGCCACCACCCUGACGUGAUUGGCAUGGUGACUCAGCAGCCCAACCUCCUAGACAUGCUGUGCACCGGCUCCUACCUUGACGUGGAGAAAACCAUCUACUUCUUCUACAGACUGCUGGAAGUAAGCUGGCAGCGUUUACCUGAGUCACGCAGUUGGCAUUUAGCGCUGCACUGCUCCCAGCGCUUCUGCCACCUCAGGCUGUCCAACAGCCAGGAAAGCUUCCAGGUUCAGGUGAUGCUUGGGCUACAGCGAUUUACCUCAGACAUCUUUAUCAGCAGCCGGCCUCGAGGGGCCCACACCCCAAGCACAAUGUGGCCUGAGACCUACAGCAUAGCAGAGACAAAGUUCUUCAGGCACAUGGCCAUGCAGCUCCCUCAGGACAGCUCGCACCUGAAAUGCCUGCAGCUCCUUGCUGCAGCUUUUCAGGAGUGCAAGGGCUUCUCCAUCCAUUCCAUCAAGACCAUCUUCAUGCACCAGCUGAACACCGUACCGCUGUCACGGUGGCACAGCAGGUUUUUCCUGCUUCAGCUGUCCGAUGUCCUGGAGCAGCUGCGCUUAGCUCUGCAAAAGAAAUACCUGCAGCAUUUUAUUGUGGGCAACCAGAGGCUUCCAGAGGAGAUCAGGUUGCCCCAAGAUGUACGAACAGCUAGGCCAUCCAACCUCUUCCACAGCCUGUGGCGGGAUCAGGCUGCCCACUCCCAGGCCAUGCAAGCCUACCUUGAUCUGCGCCAUCGCCUGGCGAGGUUGCUGGCCUAUGGCCACUGUUAGCAGGGCUCCUAGAAUCACAGAACUGCUAGGUCGGAAGAGCCAUUUAACAUCAUCAAGUUCAAGCCAUGCCCUAACACCACCUCAACAAAACCAUGACACCGAGUGCCAUAUCCAAUCUUUUUUUAACACUCCCAGAGUCCGAGAAGACAAUUCCACUACUUUUGCCACUCUUUUAGUCAAAAGCUUUUUCCGAACAUCCAACCGAAAUGUCCCUUGGCACAGCUUAAGACUGUGCCCUCUCGCUCCGUCAGUUGCUGCCUGGAAAAAGAGACCGACCCCAACCUGCCUACAGCCACCUUUCAGGCAGUUGUGGAGAGGGGCUAAGGUCACCUCUGAGUCUCUGUUUCUCCAGCCUAAACAGCUCCAGCUCCCUCACUUGCUCCUCAUAGGGCUUGUGUUCCAAGGCCCUCACCACGCCCUCCUCUUCUCCUUUGGAUGUGUGUGCUCAUGGGGCUUGCAGCUGCUGGCAGACGAUCACUUUUUAGUGCCAUGACAAAGAAGAAUGAAUGGGAUACACAGACAAAUAGAUAUAUACAUAUAUAACUAGAGCGUGUAUAUAUAUAGUAUAUAUAUAUAUAACUACAAAGAUUUUUAUUAACAGAUGUGUUUUUAAUAGAUAAAAAUGAUAGAGUUCUGUUUUUAAUAGAUACAAAUGAUAACAAUAGUUUAUCAAAGAUUGUAUUAUUUUAUAAAAAGAUAGAGCACAUAUGUAAUGUCACUACCUGUUGUGACACAUAUUCAUGCUCUACAGUUACUGCACUUAUGAGAGGCAAAAUUUUUAUUACAUAGAUAUACUAAAAUAUAUAUAUACUAUACAUGUAUUGUAUUUCAUACAAAACAAUAAUUUCAUAAAUAAAAUGGAAAUGAAAUAGAAAACCAACUAGAGAUCAUUCCUAUCUAAUUACAGCAAAUAAUAUAUACUUAUUAUUAAAUGUUUGCAAAAUAUGGAAAAUGUUAUAGAAUGAAAAAAAUCAUUGGAAUAGAUAUGAUAAUAAAAUAAUAUAAAUUCAAGAUGUAGAUUAUGUCACUAUCUGUAGUGACAAUAGUGACUAUAGUGACUAUCUACAGUGAAAAUAUUAUGCUCUGUAGUGAUUGUAUUUAUGACAGGAAAGUUGUCUAUUACGUAAAUACGGUUUGAAAAUUCAUAGAAUGCAUAUCACAUCUAUAAUAUUUUUGGACAGAAACAAGUCCAUAUACAGUGUCACUAUCUGUUUGGACACAUAUUAAUUAACACAUAUCACUAAGUGGCCGUAUGACUGGCAAGCAUGAAACUGUUUUGCUGGGUUUUCAAUAAAAUGCAAUCUGACAGAAGCCGGAGCGUGCAAGACUUUCUUGAUCUCGGCCACCCCUAUAGUAUUGGUAAACGUCGUGCGCUGGGAGUCUGGGCUUGUGAGCAGUCUCCUUAAACUCAACCAAACUUACAGGGCUGAACUGGUUCUCAUCAGAAAUUAGGCCCAGCUGCCCCGAGCCCCUCUGAUCCCAAAGUCAUGGAAUGGCUUGGCUUGGAUGGGUCCUUAGAAAUUGUCUUGUUGCAACCCUGGUGCCAAGGCAGGAACCUGUUCCACCAGGCCAGGUUGCUCCAAGCCCCAUCCAACGUGGCCUGGAACACUUCUUGGGAUGGGUCAGCCUCAGCUUCUGUUUGGGAGCAUGGCCCAGGGCCUCACCAGUCUCAGAGGCCAGAAGUUCUUCCACAUUUCUAGCCUAAGCCUGCCCUCUGUCAGUGGGAAGCCACUGGCCCUGGUGCUGUCCCUCCAGGCCCUUGUAAACAGCCCUUUGCAGGCCUCUUCUGGGCCCUGUGCAGGCACUUCCCAUACAGGGGGGUGUCUCAGGAGAAGCAUUGGAGAGCCCUGGGGGCCAGGAGUCCCACCAUCAGGGCAGCAAGCGUCUCCUGGCAUGGCUAUCAAGGCAGGAGAGCACAGGGCAGGCACUGAGGCCCUGCCUGCUGGAACUGGGAUCUCUGGUGUGCGGCCUGCAGAGAGCCACGGGCCCUGCAGCUCUGCAUCCCUCAAGGCUGAUGGCACUGCCCCGGUACAGCAGGUGGCCAGCCCCGUGCCACCCUCAGGAGAGUUCCUGCUCUGGGGCCAGAGUUAUUUGUGGCUG